UUUCCUCUCACAGGUACUUUUCACUUCCUGCACUCCCCUGCCUUUGUCUGCGCCGGAGGCAGCUGGAGGCACACCUGGGGGUGAAGGUGCGGGAGGACGAGGGGGACACCCCGCUGCCAGCAUCGGCUUCACCGGAGACCAUCCAGGAGAGGAUUAAGGUCUCGGGGCAGUGAGGAUCCGGGUGCCAAGAUGACCAAAGGGAGUCCGGGUCCGUGGUUUGUGCUCUGGGUCUGCGUGGUGCUGGCAGUGGACCUCGGCGAAGGGCAGGAGGAAAAACCCUUCGGUGAGAAGUGCCUGGAUGACUUCACAGCAGGGGAGCCAGAUCUGGUGCUGGAUACAGACGCCUCCGUCCAGAACGGAGCCACCUUCUUGUCAUCCCCCAUGGUCCGUCGGAGCAGGGACUGCAUGAGAGCCUGCUGCAAGGACCCUGCUUGUAACCUGGCUCUCGUGGAGCAGGUCCCGGCCGCGGAGGAAGACCACAUCCAGGGCUGCUUUCUCCUCAACUGCCUCUACGAGCAGGCUUUCGUCUGCAGGUUUGCCAGGAAGGUCGGCUUUCUCAACUUCUUGAGGAAGGACGUGUACGAUUCCUACCGAGCAAUGCAGGAUCGCAGCUCUAGUGAUGACCAUCCUCCAAUAGCCCGCACUGGCAUGGACAUGAGGGUACAGCCCGGGGAGCCGGUGAUGCUGAGAGGCACAGAGAGCACGGAUGACCGAGGGAUAGUCAGCUAUGAAUGGAAACAGGUCCUUGGUGACCCGUCUGUGGAGAUGAAGAAGCACGAAGAAGAUCAGGUAGAAAUCUCCAACCUACGGGCGGGGACUUACGUCUUCCAGCUUACUGUCACGGACACCGCGCAGCAGCAGGACUUCACCAACAUCACCAUCAUGGUGCUGGAUUCUGAGCAGACGGAAGAGCAUUGUUUGACUCCUAAGAAGGUGGGUUGGUGUCGGGGAUCUUUUCCACGUUGGUUUUACAACCCGAGCCUUCAGCAUUGUGAGGAAUUCAUUUUCGGCGGCUGCAAGCCCAACAAGAAUAACUACUUACGGGAAGAGGAGUGUGAACUCGCCUGCAAGAAUGUUAGAGGUUCUGUUGGUGGGCGACAACAGCCAGUGUGCAAUGGGAACUGUCAGUCCCCCUUCUUCAGAUGCAAGGACGGCUGCUGCAUUGAUGCCUAUCUGGAGUGUGAUGAAACCCUCGACUGUGCUGAUGGAUCGGACGAGAUGUAUUGUGAACAAUAUGCUCGUGAGUUCAAUAGACUGCAGAAAAUCAAUGUGACCCACAAGCAAGGUCACUGCGUGGACUUGCCCAAUACUGGACAGUGCACCGAGAGCAUCCCCCGCUGGUACUAUAACCCGUUCUCUGAGAAAUGUGACCCCUUCACCUAUGGGGGCUGUGGGGGCAACAACAACAACUUUGAAGAAGAGGAAGAAUGCAUGAAAUCAUGCUCGGGCAUCACAAAAGCGGAUGCCAUUGGCCGGAGAUGGGAAUCAUUUGAGUCCCAAAGUGCUAUCUUAAGUGCCUUUGAGGUGGUGAUCGCCGUGCUGCUGGGGAUCUGCAUCAUGGUGGUCCUGGCAAUCAUCGGCUACUUCUUCCUGAAGAACAGGAAAAAGAACAGCCGCCGCCGGCAGCCAACCACCGCUACCAACUCGACCCUCUCCACCACAGAGGACACCGAGCAUCUGUUCUACAGCAGUGCCACCAAACCCGUCUGACCCACAGCCCCCCUCUGCAGCCCAGCACUGGGGCACUCCCCAAAACUUCUGGAGUUCCUUUUUGAGAGACGGGCUUGUGCCUGAAGGACUCUUUCUCUUUGAAGACAUUUGUAGCAUCAGGCCAAGAUCUAGCCAUGAUUUGGCACCGUAAGUGUUUGUGAUUGUCUUGGCUACAUGGCUGCUCUGGGAAGUGAGGAUCUGGGAGCAUGUUGAUGGGCCCUGAUGUCUGUCCCUUCCUAACCUCAAACAAUCCAGUGAAAGUCUGAAUUACAUCUGCCUUCCUACUCAAACCCAGAGCACAGAUCCGCUCGACUUGCUGAAGGACCCUGGGACUGGACCUGAGUAGCAUCCACGCUGGCGAAUGGUGCCAGCUCACCAGAGCCAGCGAUCUUUUAUUCGGAGUGCCACUUUCUUCCACCAAACCUCCCAUUUUCCUCCCUUCCCACCAGUCCUCUGCAAAGUGGCCCUGCCUCCCAGCAGUCCUCCCACCUGUGGCGAGCCUCUCGGGGGCUGUGAGAUUUGUGAGUCACCGUCCAGACUUGUUCCAAGGGCUCUGUGACACUCUCCGGUGGCUCCUAUUUAGGAAGGAAGCCGAAAUACCUGCUUUAAUCACUAGGCUUUGCUUUUUAACAGAAAAGCACACCUAGAUUUUUUUUUUUUCUGCCUGGCUGUCGUGUUACAGCCUCCUAUGUACAGUACACGUCUAUCAUUUUCUCUCGGUGAGUGGCCUUGGUUGCUUUUCCAGUGUUCAGUCUGAACCCACACCCACUGAGAAAAUACCUAUUUAUUCUCAGAUGAAAGGAAAGGAAAUGUCCCUACUUCUUCUGCCGAUGGGGGGGUGGAAGGACCCAGCUCGCUCGCAGCUGGACCUUUGCCGCAGCUUGGAUUUUGCUGCGCUCCCCUCCGAGCAUGCAGCCUGACCUGAGCCCUGGCGCCUCCCAGAGCACAGGGGUGAGCUGGAGGCCACCAGGCAAUGUCCCUGCGCUCCCUGGCUCCUGCUGGCCCGCUGCAAGGUGAGCCCAGCCCUGGGAGGGCUAGAGCUCAUCCCCGGCCCCAUGGCAGCGUGUGACAUCCCCGCUUCGGUGAGGUCCUGUGUGUUCCCCCAUAAGGCUGUUUGCAGCAAGGUGCUCCCCAGAUCUGUGCUGCUGCAUCUCUUCUGUCCAGGCUUGUACGUCUGGGAGCUGAGGACUUGUGUCGGGGGCAGAAAAGCUAUUUCUGAAGUGCCUGGUAGGCUUAGUCAGCUGUGGGGUCGGCACCAGCCCCCAAACUCCCAGUGCCUGCUGCUCUUGGAAAACUGCUGUGAAAGGGGAGGCCGUUGGUGCCUGCAUGUUUGCAUGUGUGUGAGCGCACAUGUGUAAGAAGCAUAAAUCUAUGUACAGACUUUAGUUUGAAUGCUUGGACCCUUUCAGGGCCGAGGGCAGAGCAGCUCUGGAAGGCUCUGGUGAAGCCAUGCCCAGCUCAGGGCAUGGCUCAGGUCCUCUCCAGUGCAGCUCAUGGGGCUGAUAACUGGGCUGGAAGGGAAGAAGCCGCUGCCCGCAGACUGCUGGCAAUCUGACUGCACACUUCUGGUCAGGGGCAUCUGCCCCGGUCUCCUUGGGGCUGGUCAGAUUCCUCCAUGGCUUUUCAUGAUCUGCCUGGUAUCAUUUCUCUCCAUCUCUUUGUUUUUCCCACAGCCUAUCAUGGCCUACACAACAAAGGUAACAUCUUGAUUUAUUUUUUUGUGUGCUCACUCUGAUAAUAA